GUGGAGGCUCCGCCCCUCACGCCCGAGCCGGGCCGCCUGGCGCACCUCUUGGCGCCCCUCCUGCGCUUCUGGACCAGCGGGGCCGUGCGGCGCAUCCUGCGGGAGGCACCGGUGGUGGUGGCGGCGGUGGGCGCGGCGCCCGCAAUUAAACCCAAGAUGAUGAAGUUUCGGUUCCGGCGGCAGGGCGCUGACCCGCAGCGCGAAAAGCUCAAGCAGGAGCUCUUUGCUUUCAACAAGACUGUGGAACAUGGCUUCCCCAACCAGCCCAGCGCCCUGGCCUUCGAUCCUGAGCUUCGCAUCAUGGCCAUUGGCACCAGGUCUGGGGCCGUCAAGAUCUAUGGUGCACCUGGUGUGGAAUUUACGGGCUUACACCGAGACAUGGCCACAGUCACCCAGAUGCACUUCCUGCCUGGCCAGUCCUGGUCUCUGCUCACCCACCAGGGCCGCCUCCUGACCCUGCUGGAUGACAGCAGCCUGCAUCUCUGGGAGAUUGUCCACCAGAAUGGCUGUGCCCACCUGGAGGAAGCGCUCAGCUUUCAGCUGCCCAGUCGGCUGGGCUUUGAUGGUGCCAGUGGCCCGCCCACCCUUGCCCACAUCACAGUGGUGCUACUGGUGGCUGCUGGCAACAUGGCAGCUCUGGGCACUGAAGGUGGCAGUGUCUUCUUCCUGGAUAUUUCCACCCUGAUGCUGAUCGAGGGUCAAACCCUGGGCCCUGAUGAGGUUCUUCGAAGUUUGCCAGAUGACUACCGGUGUGGGAAGGCACUGGGCCCUGUGGAGUCCCUGCAGGGACACCUGCGGGACCCCACCAAGAUCCUCAUUGGCUACAGCCGGGGCCUGCUGGUCAUUUGGAACCAGGCCGCACAGUGUGCAGACUGCAUCUUCCUAGGGAACCAGCAGCUGGAGAGCCUGUGCUGGGAGCGCAGUGGCAGCACGCUGGUCAGCUCGCACAGCGACGGCAGCUACGCUGUCUGGUCUGCAGACACUGGCACCUCCCCAGUGAUGCAGCCUAUGGUAGCCACCAUGCCCUACGGACCCUUCCCUUGCAAAGCCAUCAAUAAGAUUCUGUGGCGAAGCUGUGAAUCUGGGGGCCACUUUAUCAUCUUCAGUGGUGGCAUGCCUCGUGCCAGCUAUGGUGAUCGCCACUGUGUCAGUGUGCUCCGGGCUGAGACACUGGUGACACUGGAUUUCACCUCCCGCAUCAUUGACUUCUUCACGGUGCACAGCACGCGACCUGAGGACGAGUUCGAUGAGCCCCAGGCUCUGGCUGUGCUGCUUGAAGAGGAGCUGGUGGUGCUAGACCUGCAAGUGCCUGGCUGGCCUGUUGUGCCUGCCCCAUACCUGGCCCCCCUGCACUCUUCUGCUAUCACCUGCUCGGCCCACGUCGCCAAUGUUCCUGCCAAGCUGUGGGCCCGCAUUGUGAGCGCUGGCAAGCAGCAGAGCCCCCAGCCUGCCUCCAGUGCCUUGAGCUGGCCCAUCACCGGGGGCCGGAGCCUGGCCCAGGAGCCGUCUCAGCGAGGGCUGCUGCUCACUGGCCACGAGGAUGGCACUGUGCGGUUCUGGGACGCCUCUGGUGUGGCACUGCAACCACUCUACAAGCUGAGCACAGCUGGCCUCUUCCAGACAGACUGUGAGCACGCUGACAGUCUGGCCCAGGCUACUGAGGAUGACUGGCCACCCUUCCGCAAGGUGGGCUGCUUUGACCCCUACAGUGAUGAUCCUCGGCUAGGGGUGCAGAAGGUGGCACUUUGCAAGUACACAGCUCAGAUGGUGGUGGCUGGCACUGCGGGCCAGGUGCUGGUGCUGGAGCUCAGUGAUGUGCCGUUGGAGCAGGCAGUCAGUAUGGCCAGCGUGGACCUCCUCCAGGACCGAGAAGGCUUCACAUGGAAGGGGCAUGAGCGGCUGAGCCCACGCACAGGGCCCCUGCCCUGGCCUGCUGGCUUCCAGCCCCGAGUGCUCGUUCAGUGCCUGCCGCCUGCCGCCGUCACUGCGGUCACGCUGCACACAGAGUGGAGCCUCGUGGCCUUUGGCACCAGUCAUGGCUUUGGCCUCUUUGACUACCAGUGCAAGAGCCCUGUGCUGGCCAGGUGCACGCUUCAUCCCAAUGAUUCGCUGGCCAUGGAGGGGCCACUCUCCCGGGUGAAGUCACUCAAGAAGUCACUGCGCCAGUCUUUCCGGCGCAUCCGCAAGAGCCGAGUUUCAGGCAAGAAGCGGGCUGCUAAUACCAACAGCAAGUUGCAGGAGGCCAAUGCGCACCUGGCAGAACAGGCCUGCCCCCAUGACGUGGAAAUGAUGCCUGUGCAGCGACGCAUUGAGCCGCGUUCGGCUGAUGACUGCCUCUCCGGCGUAGUGCGCUGCCUCUACUUCGCUGACACAUUUCUCCGAGAUGCGGCCCACCAUGGACCCACCAUGUGGGCAGGCACCAACUCGGGCUCCGUGUUUGCCUAUGCACUGGAGGUGCCAGUAGCAGUGGCAGGCAGCGAGAAGCGGCCCGAGCGGGUGGUGGAGGCUGUGCUGGGUAAGGAGGUGCAGCUGAUGCAUCGCGCACCUGUGGUGGCCAUUGCCGUGCUGGAUGGGCGUGGCCGCCCACUGCCCGAGCCCUACGAGGCCUCUCAGGACCUGGCACAGGCACCAGACAUGCAGGGUGGCCAUGCAGUGCUCAUCGCAUCUGAGGAGCAAUUCAAGGUAUUUACACUACCCAAGGUGAGUGCCAAGACCAAGUUCAAGCUGACAGCCCACGAGGGCUGUCGUGUGCGCAAGGUGGCACUAGCCACAUUUGCUAGUGUGGCCUGUGAGGACUAUGCUGAGACCUGCCUGGCCUGCCUCACCAACCUGGGGGACGUGCACAUCUUCUCCGUGCCGGGCCUGCGCCCCCAGGUGCAUUACUCCUGUAUCCGCAAGGAGGACAUUAGCGGCAUCGCCUCCUGUGUCUUCACGCGCCACGGCCAGGGUUUUUACCUUAUUUCCCCAUCGGAGUUUGAGCGCUUCUCCCUAAGUGCCCGGAACAUCACAGAGCCACUCUGCUCUCUGGACCUCAGCUGGUCCCAUGGUGCUGCCCGUGCCAGCUACAGUCUCCAAGAGUCGCCCAAGCUGAGCCAGGCUAACGGGACCCCAGGCAUCAUCCUGGCGCCGCAGAGCCGUGAUGGAAGCCCUAAUCCUGUCCACAGCCAGGGAGCUGACACCCCUGAGCUGCCUGAGGCUGCACUCUCACCUAUGUCCAUCGACUCAGCCACCAGUGCAGACACAACUCUGGACACAAUAGGGGACAUCACAGUGGAGGACGUGAAGGAUUUCCUGGGAGGAAUCUGAGAAGAAUCUGAGGAACCUGGUAGAAGAUGAGGCUCGAGCCUGUGCCAUCCUGAUAAAAUGAGGUGCUGCAAGUCUGGGGGAUCCAGCUCUACCUGGCUCUUAGCCUCAACCCCGGUCCCCCACACCCACCCUGGUUUCACACCUGAAAUCAUAGCAGGUCGUGUACUGAUAUCAUUUCCUUGAGGCCUGGCUGCUGCCCAGGUGUGCCUGGCAGAGGCUUGGGGGGUCCACACAGACAAUCCCUAUAAUUCGAUAUUAAGGAAAAAAGAGCCAGCCCAUUAGCCUGCAGAUGUCAUAGGUGGCAUUUCGAACAGAGGUGGGGCAGUCUGGGGCUUGUGCUGCUUUGGCCAGCUCAUUUCAGAUGAGAGCACCCAGGCACAAGGCUGGGCCCUCCUUGGUAAGCCUUGAGAAUGGGGCCUGGCCACCACUCCAGUCUCACUGUGGCUCCAUGCCCAGAUCUGGGGUCCAUAAGUCUGUCCAGCCUAUUUGCUACCUAGGGCCCCUAUCCACACAACCAGGCAGACACCCCAGCUGUCUUGCUGGGGACACCCUGGCCACAAUGGGCAGGAUAUGGUCAAUGGUCAGACUUGACCAGUCAUCCUCAGGCUGUGAACUGUGGGGCCCUCAUCCCAAAUGGGUGGGACCUUUUCGCCUGACCUGGAGAGGAGGCUGAGUGGUGGCACCUGAGUAGCCUCUUUUGGGCUCCCUGGCCUUCUCUGACCCUUUUUCUUCCUUUACCAGGAAGGCCAGAACCACCUGGCCACCACCUGCCUUGCUUGGAGCUGGUAUCCAGGACUCCUGGCUCUUCCCAGCCCUUCACAUAGACCUAUGCCUGGUAACCUGUAGGCUCCAGUGACACCCACCCACCCUAGCACCAGGGUGUGGUCCUGGAACUCGGGGGUGUACUGGGACUGGCCCCUUCUAUAGGCAGUACCCUGGAGGCCAGGUGCCACAGGGCAAGGACAGGUGGGGCACACAGCCCAUGCCACCUCCCACUCUACCUUGCUUCCCCUUCUUUUUGCAAAGAAUAUUUUUCUAAUGUCUGGACUGGACAGUGCCAGGCUGGACAGUCACUUCUAAAACUAUUUUGGUACUUGCUCCCGGGCUAACAUGUCCCCCAACCCCCAGCUUGGACAUGAAAUGUGUGUGAGUGAGUGAGACUGGGAGCCACCUGGGCGCCCUAGACAGGCCUGUCAGGUGUGUGUGUGGGGGGUGUCAGAUGGGUCUUCCCU